AUGAGCGAGUCAACUCAACAGUAUGAUAAUGAUUGUCUUGUAUUACAAGAUCUAUCUGGACGGGAUCGUCCUGCUAAACGCAAAGCAUUACAAGCACUUGAUCUUGCUCUCAAGUCAACAUUAGAACAUGAGAUCAUCUUUGAUAAAUUACUUUCAACAUUACUGCACUGUACUGCAAGUGCCAUCGAUGGCAUCCGAGAACAAGCUGUGAAUCUCAUAAUAAGAUCAGUCCAAAAAACAAUAGAUCUUGAUUCGAAUAUGGGAAUGUCAAUUAUCACAAAGGCAUCCGAACGCCUCAAGCCGGGAGUAGAGCCAACUGAAGAGACAAGAGCAGAGUGGCUGGUCAUAGUACAGAAAGUUGUCACUAAAACGUCAAAACUUGGAGUAAAGGAUGUGGAGGUAUUGCUGGAUGUUGCUCAGAUAGGGAUCGAAGAUGCAUUCCCAGAAGCACAGAAGCAAGCCGGAAAACUACUGGUUAGCUUGGCUAGAGAAGCACCCGUUUUGGUUGGAUAUGCAGGAGAAAAGCCAUUACAUAUGGCGACGACUCUGUUGGUGCACCGUCAUUCAGCCCUCAGAGUUCUGGGACUAGAAGCCGUGGAAGCAAUUCUUUUAAGAAAUGCGCGGUACGUGGAUGUGUUGUUUGUUCAGGACCAAUCCACUGGGCGUGCACCCAUUGUGCCCACUCUAAUGUAUGACCACGCACCUCAGGUGCGUUUAGCCCUCGUGCAGGCUGUGGGUCGCCUUUUUGCUGCCUGGCCCCCAAGCGACAGAUACAAUCAUGCACACCAAUUACUGCCCGUAAUUUUGACAUCCUCCGUCGACGGAUUCCCUCAAGUUGUUCAGGCUGCUCAGGAUAUGAUUGCCCUAUUGGGAAAACAGUGUGCACAAGAUCUUGUUGAUUCUGGUCUUCUUGAUACACUUGGAGAAGACGCUCAAGUCAUGGGUUUGAUGCACGUUGUGCAUAUGGCAUGGGAAAAAACGCUCAAGUCACUACUUCACGAUAUUCAACACUUCAUUGCCACUCGUCAAAUCACCGCCUUGUCAGUACUCAAUCUAUUGGUUGGUUUUGCUGCACCUAAAGAUGUCACUAGAUCUCUUAAUCGUAUCCUCCACCAACUUAUCGUAACCUAUUGCACUGCCCCUGACAGUCUAGUACGCAUUAAGACUGUAGAAGUAGCUUCUGUUUUGGCUACCAAAGUGCCGUUACCUGAUAUAUAUCUUGAUAUUCUUCUGCCACAUCUCCAAAAAGGUCACUGGACAGCAGAAACUGGAGCUUACCCUACUGCUACUGUUCUUACUGCUGUUCUUGCACUACUCGAUGCUCUUCUUAACACCCCUGAGCAAAACAUCUCUAUCCCAGCUAAAGAUCGUAUCAAGUCGGCGCUCUCCAAAGAUCAUAUUACUUCUAUUCUACCCACAGGCCUAAAUAAGUUUGUCAACUAAAACUCGUAUAUGUAUAAAGAAAAAAGGCCAAUUGAGAUAUAUAAAGCUUGUUUGUAGGAACAUUUUAAAAAGAUCGUUUGUAGAAAAAUAGAAAAAUACACAUUUAUACACUAG